AUGAUCUUUGGUAACGCCCUCUCUCUUUUCGCACUCGCCCGCUACGUCGCCGCCAACGGCCUCGGUCUCGGCUCGGGUGGCCAAGUCAACGUCGGUGUCAGCCUCGGCCUCGGCCUCAGGCAGGGUGCUCCCUCUAGCCUCCGCGACCAGUGCUCCAACAAGGGCGACUCUCUCAGCGAGCUCCUUGGCAAGGUCUUCGGCUGUUCUGACGACAAUCGUACCGAACCCGAGAAUAGCCUCACUUGCCCCAAGGGCUGGUCCAUGCCCAAGGAGGAGAAGUGCUCAAGUCAGCACCUCGACAUCAACUCAGCGCCCGGUACCCUGUUCCAGGCGGCGAUAGGGCUGGGGAACCAGAGAAAGGCGCCAAUAAUCCAGAAGGCUGGGCCGGCCUGUAUCAUCGCCGUCAUCACCCCUUACAUGGUCGGUACCGACCAAGGCAACCUCGGCUCCAAGGUCUUCUUCAUCUGGGGUUCCACCUGUGUUAUCUGCUUCAUCUACGCCUACUUCUUCGUCUGGGAGACCAAGGGUCUUACCCUCGAGCAGGUUGACAGGAUGAUGGAGGAGUGCGGCUCUCCCCGACACUCUCCUGGGUGGAAGCCUCACACCACCUUCACUGCCGAGGUUCUCGGCCGUGACCAAGGUAUUGAGAAGGUCAGCAGCCAAGAGCAGCACGAGGAAGCUCCCGUCCAUGUCGUUUGGGCGGCUGCGCGUUGCGUCCACAGCUCUUACCCAUCUAGUUACUUAUUGCGUCCUUAG